AUGUGUCGGCACUCAGUUUACACCAGUGAAAGAGCUGAAUCUGGAGCCUGGCGAGGAAAACUCACCCAGUACCGCACACGGCGCUACAGAGAUGCGCAUGAAAUUGAAGCCAGAGAAGCCUGCGACUGGCUGAGGGCUGCUGGUUUUCCCCAGUACGCUCAGUUAUUUGAAGAUAUGCAGUUUCCUAUUGAUAUAAAAACUGUGAGGAAAGAUCAUGAAUUUUUAGAUGGAGAUGCCAUUGAAUCCCUUUUCAGACGGCUGAACAUAUUGAACAAGUGUGCAUCAAUGAAAGUGGAAAUCAGCCGUCAGAGGAAACGGAGUGAUGAAUCUGAAGAUGAUGAACCUUGUGCAAUAAGUAACAAAUGGGCUUAUGAGAGACGCAGUCAGAGAUGGUCUCGUCUUGAGAGCCUAGAAGGUUUCCCAGGAGAGGAAGGUGCUAGCGCAUCAAUCCCAGGCAGUCCAACACCGAAGAGCAUCGGCAGCGAGGAUAUAACUUGUUUGGAUCAUGGCGAGAAACAUGAUGUGUCUUCAAUUCACAGUACUAGCAGUGGUGACAGUGACAUUGUUAGCUUUCUGAAACCUUUUGAAGGUGUGGAGACCAGGAGCUGUUCCUCAAGGUGUUCCUCAAGUAAAGUGGCUUCACCAGACUCUACCUUUAGUUGUUCUUCUCCCCCCGCUGGACUUUUAAAUACCACCAGUGAAGAGAAGCUUUUGGAUAAGUCACCGUAUAAAAAGGGGAAGAGCCUUCUUAAGAAAAUGGAGAAGUUACAUUUAAGGAGCUGCAACUUAAGGAGCGGUCACUCCAAGGCCAAACCCUUAAUAAGUGAACCUGUUCUUCUGGAAGGGCUGAACGAAGAAAAGUUGAAGAUGCUUAACUGCGUAAAUAUUUCUGACCUCUCUGACAUCCAGACAAAGAGCAGUUCCUCUUAUUCUCCCCAGAGCUGCAAUAGCAGCAACCAGUCUGAAAAGAGCAGCACAGGGAGCAUUCCGAGUCCCACUACAAAAUCACAAAGCCACUAUAAAAGAGGGGGGUCAUACGCAGAAGACUUGGAUUGCAGCAAGCUUUUGCUGUGGAAUGAUCAAUCUCAGCAAAACCUACAAAAUGAAAUGAAGUUGCAAAUGAACCAGAUGUUUCAAAUACCACAAGGCCAUAAGCCUGGUAGUUUCCCCAAAGCACUUGGAAACACCUCCCUGUCUCCAGGAGACAACCCUUCUGUCAACUGGAGAACUGAGAGUUUUCAUGGGUGCAGCAGGACCAGGAACAGAAGCGGUUCUAAGGACUGCAAAGCCCCCAGUAGCCCCCUUUUGUGUGCAAAUAGCAGGCUGAGCAUAUAUGACAACAUGCCCAGUAUUCAACUUGAUAAGUUGGAGGUGGCAGAAGUUGGUGAUGACGAUGUUUUUUCAGAGCUGAACCACGUUAUAGAGGAUGUCAAAGGCCUCAGAAAGUUGGUCCAUCAGUGGACAGAGAAGUUCUCGGAUGAUGGGGACUCGGACUUUGCCGAUGACUUGACCUCUGUGUAUCCAUACUUCCCUAAAGAAAUCUGUCUUGAAAUACAGCACUCAGAAGAUAAGUCAGCAGACUUCCCAGUUACCGAGGGAGAGAGCAGCUGUGAACUGGCCGAGGAGCUCAGUUCCGCGGAGGUGGCGUACGUAACAGACUCUAAAAAGGCCAACAGGCACAGAAAGCAACCCUGGCCUAUGGAAGAGAGCGCGAAUUUGGAAAGCCUUUCUGUCCAAAUUGAUAGUCAGUCGGCUGCCCACCUAGCCCGGACACAAAAGCUGGCUUUGUUGAAACUCACAGCUCUAAUGGACAGAUACUCCCCUUCCAGUAGGCAGAGCUGGAACUGGACUAUACCAAAGUUCAUUAAAAAAAUAAAAGCCUCUGACUACAAGGACAAAAAUGUGUUUGGGGUUCCUUUGCUUCUGAAUGUUCAGCGAACAAAUCAUCCGCUGCCUAAGGGCAUACUGCAAGCACUGGACUAUUUAAGAAGCCACUUUCUGGACCAGGUUGGUCUCUUCCGAAAAUCCGGUGUUAAAUCCAGGAUCCUAUCUUUGAGAGAAAUGAAUGAAACCAACCCGAACAAUGUAUGUUAUGAAGGGCAGUCAGCAUUUGAUGUGGCAGAUAUGGUUAAGCAGUAUUUCCGAGACCUUCCUGAACCCAUAUUUACUAGCAGGCUCUGUGAAUCCUUCCUCCACAUCUACCAAUACCUGCCAAAGGAUCAGCAGUUUCAGGCUGUCCAGGCUGCUAUUCUCCUUCUCCCAAAGGAAAACCGAGAAGCUUUGAAAAUCCUCCUAUUCUUUCUCCGAGAUGUGGUUGCUUUUGUUGAGGAAAACCAGAUGACCCCCACAAACAUUGCUGUCUGUCUCGCACCUUCUUUGUUUCACCUCAACACCCUGAGACGAGACAGUUGCUCCUCAUCCGCUAGUCACAGGAAGCAUAGCUUGGGGAAACCAGACCAGAGGGAGUUGAAUGAGAACCUGGCAGCAACACAAGGCCUGGCCCACAUGAUAAUGGAGUGCAACAGGCUCUUCCAGACUGACUUUCUGGCUUGACCUUGACUGUGCUGCUUCACUAUGGACUUGCCUGGCAAUCACUGGACUGUGGCUGACCCUGGUUACUGUCACUGGACCCAACCCUGAACCUGACGCUGCCUCCUGACUCCCGCUGGGCUUGGCCUCGGACCUGCCUCAUCACCAAUGGACACGCCUGGCGAGCUGGACUCUCAGUUGAUCCCAGCUGUCACCCCGGGGCCCAAGCUGCUCUCCUCACUCAGGUAUCUGACUGCUGCCUCAAUCAGCUUGCUGACAGCUUCCAUGAGCUGGGAUGAAGCUGCUCAUCUCCCUCGAGAGCUUCAUGGAGGAGGUGUGGAGACGCCAGUGAAGAUGUCAAGAGCUGGGUGACCUGUGCGCUCACAGCCUGCACAGACUUGACAAAUAAGGCUCUGAGAAAAUACCAAAAUCCAGAAGGCUCAGUUCACAGCAUUUCAGGAGCAGUUACAUCCCACUUCUUCCCCUGGCUGCCUGGCAAAGCCCGGUCGACAGACUGGCCUGACACCUCUAGGCACAGCAGCAACAUAUACAACAUUAAAGUCAUGCAAUUCAAGCGCUGCCUUUCCCCUUUGAAUCUCGCAGCACAAAUACCUUCCCUGAAUGUAGUCCUGCAUUACUUUGCACACCUUUAUCAGUGAUCCUGUUAGAGACCUCAGCUGGUCCACCUGUAACCGGGGUGCCCUGCUACAUGGUUGUCCAAGACACGACAAGGUGGACUUAUUAACCAACUGAGAUUUUUUCACAAGGAAACUUUCUGUUUAACGAACCACAAAAUAUCCAGUGUGCCAUCUACAAUUAAGGUGUUAGACUGCAGAGCGAGCAAGCUGCCACACAUCACAAGCUGUAACAAAACGGCAUCAUUUACCUUGUCUCAGUAUGGACAAAAACACGCGCUACAGCAGUAAUUCUUUAUU